UUUACCAUUAACAAGAAAAAUGACAUACAAUUUUUGAAUCGUAUUUAUUUUCCUAUAAUUAGAAAAUUGAACUCGUGAUCAGUCUUUUGUUUUCUACGUCACAAUGUUUAUAUCGCAGUUCAUUGACUUUCUGCAUUGUUUUCCGAAUUAUAAUUUUCACACCUUAUUUUGUUAGUAUCGGUAUUUUAAUCGCAACGACAAGACAUAGUUUUAUAAUUAUUGACUUGUUACUAUGUAACUUAAAUUUAUAAUUUUAGUUAACCUGAAGAGGAUGACAAACCAUGUCAUCGAAACGUCGUUAAAUAAAUGAAAUAACACUAUUUGUUGUUAUUUAUCUACCUUCCAUUGGAUCAAAUUUUCCAUUUUACAAAUAAAUAAUUCGGAAGGAAAUUUUCUAUUUCUAAUAAUAUUGAGUUCCUGAUCAAGUAUGGACUCUUCAACUAUAGCUACACCAAGCUUUUUUAAUUUUAUUUUACUCAAUUAUGGAAUAUAUGUGAAAAAACUUCUCAUGGAUUGGACUUCUACUCGCCACCAAUUGGCCACAUCCAUGUCUAGACGACAAUUUUUGCUGAGCUGCAGAAGUCAUGACAUUUUUCCACAACAUAUUUAUAACACUGUUAUUGUGGAACCUAUGCUAACGGGAGAAAUGGCUGUCAAUUAUUUAUGGAAAGCAGUUAAUUCAGUUGUGGCUGAAGGUUUAAGCGAGUGUUGCAAGCUGAAACCAGAAGAUCCGAUUUUAUGGUUGGCAAAUUGGCUCCUCAUAAACAAUCCUUAUAAACCAUAAAUGUCUAAAGAGCUGUAUUACGAUAAUUGCCACGUAAUUAAAAUUAUGAGACAAAUUUAUAAAGUAUUAAUUUUUAUUAAGAAAUUAGUAAAAAUAAAAUAAUUUU